AUGGCAAGCGAUAAGAAGACACCGUCAGCGCCAGGUAUGACACCUUCAGCGGGCAUCCACCAGCCGAUGGCGCCGCCGGUCAACUCUUUUGCGAGUACUAGUACAACGCACAAGGCUCUGACACCUAAUCGUCAGCUGGGCGAGCUGCUGCGAUCCGUCGAUCCCAAGUACUGCUUCCAUCCGGCCGUGGAGGAGUUGCUGCUGGACAUGGCGUCGGACUUCGUGCAGGAUGUAGUGGAUUUCUCAGGCAAACUAGCUAAACACAGGCGAUCCACGAUGAUGGAGCCGCGCGACGUGCAGUUCUGUCUGGCCAAGAACUACGGUAUCUCGCUGGCCGGAGUGCUCCCUCCUGCAGGCUCAGCUUUAAGACCGCUGGGUCAGGACCUGCUGGUACGGGCGCGGCCAGCAAAGAAUUCCCUGCACAUGCACCGAAUGGCGCUGAAACGCAAGUCGCUACUGCACACCAAGACCAAGCUAAAGAACGCGCACGCAGUGAAAAAUACAGAAGGCGGCAAGAAGGUGGUGCGCAAGGCCAGUGUCAGCAAGUAAUGGUACGAGAUAUACCGA